CUGGACUUGAGGCCCCGCCCCCUUUCGUACAGCCCUCAUCUGUGACUGGCUCUCGGGCCCCAGCUGGCCACACCUCCUCCCCUCGCACAUACACAAGAGUCACGCGCCUUUCAGUUGGAAACUUGGCGUGCUGAGGGGGACGGUGGCCUUCAUCGCCCCACCCACCUACCUUGCUAUUGGUCCGCGGCUCCGCUCAUGACCACGCCCCCAUUCCAGCCCCCUGGCUGGGAGGGUGGGCACCUGCGCGUGAUUGGCUAGUCCGCCUGCCUCUCGCGGGAGCGGCUGGCGCUUCCCCCUCCCUUUUUCCCCUCCCGCGAGUCUCCAGGUUCCUCAGCUAGCCGAGGCCGAGUCAGUGUCAGUCAGGGAGCCGGACUGCUGAACAGUGUGUGCGGACGCUCCGCCGCAAUCUCGCCCAGGGGCCGGUGCCUGCGCUCGCGCCGCCGGGUGGGAAGGAUGAAGCCGCAGCUGGAGCAGCCACCCUAUGAUUGGCUGUGUCGCUUGUGAACCCGAAGUAAAGAUGGCGGGCGGGCAGGCAGCCGCCGCACUGCCCACUUGGAAGAUGGCGGCGCGCCGCAGCCUCAGCGCCCGCGGCCGGGGGGUCCUGCAGGCAGCGGCGGGCCGGCUGCUGCCGCUGCUACUGCUGAGCUGCUGCUGCGGCGCGGGCGGCUGCGCAGCAGCGGGCGAGAACGAGGAGACGGUGAUCAUCGGGUUGCGGCUGGAGGACACGAACGACGUGUCGUUCAUGGAAGGGGGGGCGCUGCGGGUGAGCGAGCGGACCCGGGUCAAGCUGCGGGUGUACGGGCAGAACAUCAACAACGAGACGUGGUCCCGCAUCGCCUUCACGGAGCAUGAGCGGCGGCGCCACAGCCCAGGCGAGCGCGGGCUAGGGGGCCCCGCGCCGCCAGAGCCGGACAGCGGCCCCCAGCGCUGCGGCAUCCGCACCUCAGAUAUCAUCAUCUUGCCCCACAUCAUUCUCAACCGCCGUACAUCGGGCAUCAUUGAAAUCGAGAUCAAACCGCUGCGCAAGAUGGAGAAGAGCAAGUCCUAUUACCUGUGCACAUCGCUCUCCACACCAGCCCUAGGCGCCGGCGGCCCGGGGUCCGCGGGUGGCGCCGUCGGGGGCAAGGGCGGCUCCGGGGUGGCCGGGCUCCCGCCGCCCCCGUGGGCCGAGACCACCUGGAUUUAUCACGACGGCGAGGACACCAAGAUGAUUGUGGGCGAGGAGAAGAAGUUCCUGCUGCCCUUCUGGCUGCAGGUGAUCUUCAUUUCGCUGCUCCUGUGCCUGUCGGGCAUGUUCAGCGGCCUCAACCUGGGGCUGAUGGCUCUGGACCCGAUGGAGCUGCGCAUCGUGCAGAACUGCGGCACGGAGAAAGAGAAGAAUUAUGCCAAGCGCAUCGAGCCCGUGCGCAGGCAGGGAAACUACCUGCUGUGCUCGCUGCUGCUGGGCAACGUGCUGGUCAACACCACGCUCACCAUCCUGCUCGACGACAUCGCCGGCUCAGGCCUCGUGGCGGUGGUGGUCUCCACCAUCGGCAUCGUCAUCUUUGGGGAAAUCGUGCCCCAGGCCAUCUGCUCCCGGCACGGCCUGGCUGUAGGGGCCAACACCAUCUUCCUCACCAAGUUUUUCAUGAUGAUGACCUUCCCCGCUUCUUACCCGGUUAGCAAGCUGCUGGACUGCGUCCUCGGCCAGGAGAUAGGCACUGUCUAUAACCGGGAAAAACUGCUGGAGAUGCUCCGGGUCACCGACCCCUACAACGACCUCGUUAAGGAGGAGCUGAACAUCAUCCAAGGGGCGCUGGAGCUCCGCACCAAGACAGUGGAGGACGUGAUGACUCCGCUCCGGGACUGCUUCAUGAUCACCGGCGAAGCCAUUCUGGACUUCAACACCAUGUCGGAGAUCAUGGAGAGCGGCUACACCCGUAUUCCAGUAUUUGAGGGGGAGCGCUCCAACAUCGUGGACCUCCUCUUUGUCAAAGACUUGGCCUUCGUGGAUCCAGAUGACUGUACUCCCCUGAAAACCAUCACUAAAUUUUAUAACCACCCCUUGCACUUUGUUUUCAAUGACACCAAGUUGGACGCUAUGCUGGAAGAAUUUAAGAAAGGUAAAUCUCACCUGGCUAUCGUGCAGCGAGUGAACAAUGAGGGAGAAGGGGACCCAUUUUAUGAAGUUCUGGGAAUCGUCACAUUAGAAGACGUGAUUGAGGAAAUCAUCAAAUCCGAGAUUCUAGAUGAAACAGAUUUAUACACUGAUAACAGAACGAAAAAGAAAGUGGCCCAUCGGGAAAGAAAGCAAGACUUUUCUGCCUUUAAACAGACAGACAGCGAGAUGAAGGUGAAAAUAUCACCCCAGCUUCUCCUGGCCAUGCACCGUUUCCUAGCAACAGAAGUAGAAGCAUUUAGCCCAUCCCAGAUGUCAGAGAAGAUCCUUCUAAGGCUGCUAAAGCACCCCAAUGUCAUCCAGGAACUGAAGUAUGAUGAGAAGAACAAGAAAGCCCCAGAAUACUACCUCUACCAGCGAAACAAACCUGUAGACUACUUCGUUCUCAUUUUGCAGGGGAAAGUGGAAGUAGAAGCUGGGAAGGAAGGUAUGAAAUUCGAAGCCAGUGCUUUCUCCUACUACGGUGUGAUGGCUCUCACAGCCUCUCCAGGUGAAAACAAGUCGCCUCCUCGCCCCUGUGGCUUGAACCACUCAGACUCUCUGAGCCGAAGUGACCGGAUUGACGCCGUGACGCCGACACUGGGGAGCAGCAAUAAUCAGCUCAACUCUUCGUUCCUUCAAGUCUACAUCCCUGACUACUCAGUGCGAGCCCUUUCUGACCUUCAGUUUGUGAAGGUAAGAGAAGAGCGCGUGGUUUGGCUGGGCCCGGCCACUGGAGGUGACCUGCCAUGGCAAGCUGUCCUGUGCCCCAGCCCUGGCCCUGGGCUUUCCCCUUGUCGUUUGGGUGCCCCACCUCCAGGUCCUGUGCCCGGCCGGGACACCGGCUCGGGGAGACCAUCUCUCCCUGGCUCGGGCAAAAGAGCUGCUGAGCCAGAGGUGGCUCGCUCAAGGAGUGAGAGCUGGAGACAGAAAAAGAAUAAACCUUUUCCAGCAAGUCCUCAUGAGCUCGUGGCUCUAGUGAGUCUGGGUGGUCCCCGAAGGGCUGAGAUUGGAGACCCUGAAGACUUGCUGAGAUGGGGUGGGAAGAACUCUCUGCUUCUCCUUUGCCCUGAGACAGGGUUCUUUUCUUAGUCUGGAAUAAAGACGUCUUUUGAACCGAAGAAUGAGCCAGCUUCAGCUGAUGGAAGCCUAUCUCCAUUUUCCAGUCUCUGUGAAAUUUUGAGACGAAAACUUGGAAAUGGCUUAUAUCAGUAAAAACUGACUUGUUUGCCAGAAUCCACUUGAACUUGAAAAGUGGCUCAGUUUAUAUUCGAGGAUGAUAUUUUCCUAGAAAAACCUAUGCGGGCCUUUCGGGGGACUCUAACAUGUAAUACAGUGUCGGGACAAGAACACCUAAAAAUAAGCGUUCUCUUGGUUUGUCUUCUGUACCAUCUUCUGGCCCCAGAUCUCAAGACAGCAAUACCAAAAUGCCUUGAUGGCAUCCCGGAUGGACAAAACUCCUCAGUCUUCAGACAGUGAAAACACUAAAAUUGAAUUGACUCUUACGGAGCUGCACGACGGGUUGCCAGACGAGACCGCCAACCUGCU